CAGAAACGCGCUCUUGCCGGCGCCGAACCACAACUCCCGGCGGCCCCCGCGCUCCCGGGUGGUAAGAUGGUGGCGCGCAGGAGGAAGCGCGCGGCGCGGGACCCGGAGGACCGCAUCCCCAGCCCACUGGGCUACGCAGCUAUUCCAAUCAAGUUCUCUGAAAAGCAACAGGCUUCUCACUACCUCUACGUGAGAGCACACGGCGUUCGACAAGGCACCAAGUCCACCUGGCCUCAGAAGAGGACUCUUUUUGUCCUCAAUGUGCCCCCAUACUGCACAGAGGAGAGCCUGUCCCGCCUCCUGUCCACCUGUGGCCUCGUCCAGUCUGUAGAGUUGCAGGAGAAGCCGGACCUGGCUGAGAGCCCAAAGGAGUCAAGGUCGAAGUUUUUUCAUCCAAAGCCAGUUCCGGGUUUCCAGGUAGCCUACGUGGUGUUCCAGAAGCCAAGUGGGGUGUCAGCGGCCUUGGCCCUGAAGGGCCCCCUGCUGGUGUCCACAGAGAGCCACCCUGUGAAGAGUGGCAUUCACAAGUGGAUCAGUGACUACGCAGACUCCGUGCCCGACCCUGAGGCCCUGAGGAAGGAAGUGGACACGUUCAUGGAGGCAUAUGACCAGAAGAUCGCUGAGGAAGAAGCUAAGGCCAAGGAGGAGGAGGGGGUCCCUGACGAGGAGGGCUGGGUGAAGGUGACCCGCCGGGGCCGGCGGCCUGUGCUCCCCCGGACUGAGGCAGCCAGCUUGCGGGUGCUGGAGAGGGAGAGACGGAAGCGCACCCGAAAAGAGCUGCUCAACUUCUACGCCUGGCAGCAUCGAGAGAGCAAGAUGGAGCAUCUAGCGCAGCUGCGCAAGAAGUUCGAGGAGGACAAGCAGAGGAUCGAGCUGCUGCGGGCCCAGCGCAAAUUCCGACCCUACUGAGCCGCGAGAGCCGCAGUGGAUGGCUGGAGGUGCAGGGCCAGGAGGAACACGAGGCGAGGCAGGGCCUGCAGCGGUCUCUGAGAGGCUAAGCUCUGGCCAACGGGCCCCAGGUUGAAGGCCACCGCGUCGAACAGCCCCAUCAGAGUCCACACAGGCCAGGAGUGAAGGACCAGGCCACCCCUCGGGUCUUGUGCUUCAGCAGUCCUGAGGACCUAGGCGUGCCCAGAGGAGGACUUGCCCUUCCCGCCUCUUGCCUCCACACCCUCCUCUCAAGGACCCUGGAUGAAUCUGUUCUGUGCUCCCUUUUCCCUCAAUGCAAAAGCCCUUGCUGGCAACGAAAAAGCCUCAAAA